AUGGGAAACUCCAUACUGCAGAUACAGCCAGGUUCCGAAUAUGCUCCAGAAUAUGCUCCAGAAUAUGCUCCAGAAUAUGCUCCAGAAUAUGCUCCAGAAUAUGCUCCAGAAUAUGCUCCAGAAUAUGCUCCAGAAUAUGCUCCAGAAUAUGCUCCAGAAUAUGCUCCAGAAUAUGCUCCAGAAUAUGCUCCAGAAUAUGCUCCAGAAUAUGCUCCAGAAUAUGCUCCAGAAUAUGCUCCAGAAUAUGCUCCAGAAUAUGCUCCAGAAUAUGCUCCAGAAUAUGCUCCAGAAUAUGCUCCAGAAUAUGCUCCAGAAUAUGCUCCAGAAUAUGCUCCAGAAUAUGCUCCAGAAUAUGCUCCAGAAUAUGCUCCAGAAUAUGCUCCAGAAUAUGCUCCAGAAUAUGCUCCAGAAUAUGCUCCAGAAUAUGCUCCAGAAUAUGCUCCAGAAUAUGCUCCAGAAUAUGCUCCAGAAUAUGCUCCAGAAUAUGCUCCAGAAUAUGCUCCAGAAUAUGCUCCAGAAUAUGCUCCAGAAUAUGCUCCAGAAUAUGCUCCAGAAUAUGCUCCAGAAUAUGCUCCAGAAUAUGCUCCAGAAUAUGCUCCAGAAUAUGCUCCAGAAUAUGCUCCAGAAUAUGCUCCAGAAUAUGCUCCAGAAUAUGCUCCAGAAUAUGCUCCAGAAUAUGCUCCAGAAUAUGCUCCAGAAUAUGCUCCAGAAUAUGCUCCAGAAUAUGCUCCAGAAUAUGCUCCAGAAUAUGCUCCAGAAUAUGCUCCAGAAUAUGCUCCAGAAUAUGCUCCAGAAUAUGCUCCAGAAUAUGCUCCAGAAUAUGCUCCAGAAUAUGCUCCAGAAUAUGCUCCAGAAUAUGCUCCAGAAUAUGCUCCAGAAUAUGCUCCAGAAUAUGCUCCAGAAUAUGCUCCAGAAUAUGCUCCAGAAUAUGCUCCAGAAUAUGCUCCAGAAUAUGCUCCAGAAUAUGCUCCAGAAUAUGCUCCAGAAUAUGCUCCAGAAUAUGCUCCAGAAUAUGCUCCAGAAUAUGCUCCAGAAUAUGCUCCAGAAUAUGCUCCAGAAUAUGCUCCAGAAUAUGCUCCAGAAUAUGCUCCAGAAUAUGCUCCAGAAUAUGCUCCAGAAUAUGCUCCAGAAUAUGCUCCAGAAUAUGCUCCAGAAUAUGCUCCAGAAUAUGCUCCAGAAUAUGCUCCAGAAUAUGCUCCAGAAUAUGCUCCAGAAUAUGCUCCAGAAUAUGCUCCAGAAUAUGCUCCAGAAUAUGCUCCAGAAUAUGCUCCAGAAUAUGCUCCAGAAUAUGCUCCAGAAUAUGCUCCAGAAUAUGCUCCAGAAUAUGCUCCAGAAUAUGCUCCAGAAUAUUAG